AUGCGUCAGGUGGCUUCCGAUCGAGCACGGAGGGAGUUUCUCACACGUUGGGGCCACGAGCGUCCCAGGGAAGUCUUCCGCACCGAGGAGGAGUCCAGCUCAGGUAGCACCAAUGCAGCUGAUGACUUUGAGCUUCUGGUGCCCUGCGGUCCUGGAGAGAUUUUUCCUGAAAACAGAUCUGCACGAGUUAGAGUUCGUGAUGUCCAAAAGGAGAGGCCAAUUGAAGGCACAGAAGCCUGGUGGAUUGAAAAGAGAAGCAAGGAAGAAAAGGAUUUGAAGACGACGAAGUUCUCUGCACUGCUUCAGGAGUUGGUCAGUGCAUUGGCAUCAGAAACAGCCAUGGAGGCCAUGUGUGCUACACAUUUGGCUCACUUGGGCAAGGCCCUCGAGGCCAGGUGCUACACCCUGCGACUCGACCAAAUCUGUCCGGCCUUGAAACUGCUUGGCCGUGCCUGGAAGACGGUCGAGGCCGCCUCCAAGCCUUCCGUCACAAGGUCGACCCUAGUGGUGCGAGAGCACUGGCGUCGCAUGAGCGAGGAGCUUCGGAUCUCCUGUCACUUCCUGGCCGAGCGGGUCUCGGCGGAGGCGUUGACCGGGAAGAUCUCAACAGUCACCAAGAGCCUCCAGGCUCUCGCAGAGUCAGAGACCUGUUCUCAAGAGCGCCUUGAUGCUCACCUGGCGCGCAUCAAGGCAACUGCGUGA